AUGCUGCUUGGCACCGGCACCGCACUAUCGUGUCUCAGCGUCGGACAGAUUGAUCUGUCUCAUCACAACGAACCCGAUUUAGUCCUGCAAAAAACGCAGUUAGGAUGGAUUAUCGGGGGGAGCGUAACAGUCACGAUGCCACAACCGAAACGGAAUGCCUUUUUGACAUCAUUGGAUACAGACAUCAAACGGUUUUGGGAAAUAGAGGAGGGAUCCACGAAGCAACAUCUAUCAGCCGAAGAACGCGAAUGUGAAAAACAUUUCUCCGAGCACACUCGACGCGAUGAUUCCGGGCGUUACGUCGUCGCGCUACCCUUCAAUGAAAAGAAAACGCAACUUGGAGAAUCCCGAUCACGUGCACUCCAUCGAUUCUUCUCAUUAGAACGGAAAUUACAUCGCGAUCCCGAAUUGAAGAAGCAGUACACCGCGGUCCUAGAAGAAUACCUGACACUCGGUCACAUGACGCAGGUAGACACCGACCAGACGCCGAGUUUCUACCUGCCUCAUCACGCGGUCAUCAAACCCUCGAGCACGACAACAAAGGUUCGAGUGGUCUUCGACGGCUCAGCAAAAUCGAGCAGCGGUCUAUCGCUCAACGAGACCCUAAUGACAGGACCAACCAUACAAGACGAUCUCUUCUCUUUAUUGCUCCGAUUUCGCAUGCACUCGUACGUUUUAACCGGAGACAUCGAAAAGAUGUAUCGUCAAUUCCUCGUUCGUCCGGAGGAUAGGUCCUACCAACGAAUCCUGUGGAGAGAUCAACAAGACAACAUCGCCAACUACGAGCUGAACACGGUGACUUUCGGACUAACAUCAGCACCGUAUCUUGCGACGAGAUGUCUACAGCAAUUGGCAAAGGACGAGAGGGGAAACUUCCCAUCAGCUGCACCAAUAAUCGAACGAGAUCUGUAUGUCGACGAUCUACUAACAGGCGCCGAAACUUUCGAAGAGGCAAUCGACAUACAAACGCAAAUUAUUGGCUUGCUCCAACAAGGAGGCCUCAACAUCCGACAGUAG